GAGGCGCAGGCGGAGAGAGGAGACCACCGACCCGACCCCGGUCUGAUUAGCAAGGGGAAGCAAGCAAGAGGGAGGCGGCCGAGGAGGCUGGAGGCCUAGGGCCUAGGGGUAGUCCCGUACGGUCUCCUGCGGCUAAGGUCCGGCCGGCGACUGACUGCCCUUGCGUCGCCGUCGGCGAAUCGAUGGGCUACUGGUGGGAUCGCGUCGUGCUGCCGGUGCGGCGGGCCUGGCUGGGCGUCGCGUCCCGCUUCGGGGUUCGCCAAACAGGGCUGUGGAGGCUGCGGCAGGAGGUGAGCACGUGCGAGUACGAGGACGUGCACGUGAUGUGGGAGAUGCUGAGCCGCACCACGGCGCCGCCGCCCGCGCCCAGGCGGCCCAGCCGGUUCCGGCCGCAGCCGCGGCCGUGGGGCGACAGGUUCCGCCUCUGCCGGGGCUUCUAGUAGAUCAAGGCCGCCGCCGCGUCAGCUCCGCUGCUGUUGCUGCGGGAUAAUAGUGCUUCCGCUUUCUUUUCACUUUUCUUCUUCUUUGGUUUCCGCUGCUUGUAUCUAUGUAUCGUCGUCGAUCCCUCCGAGCUCUGAGAUGUACUUCCAUUCCUCCUCGUGUAUGCAUCUCGAUCCGCCGCGCCUGCAGUCUGCAGAUGAUGAUACCGGGGUAUGUGAAUGAACAGAGAUAUUUCGGUUGGGUUAUUGUUGUGUUCUUGUUUCUAUUACUAAACCACCUAGUUCUCCAUC